AUGGCACAUUUCGAUUGGCCUGACUUUGGAUACUCCAGAGAUCCGUGGAAUGUUUAUUACAAUGGAAGAUUAAUCGAUGGUGCAUCGUCAACAAAUUUUCGACUUUUAAGUGAUGGUUAUGCAAAAGAUCCAUGGAACGUUUAUUUCAUGGGGCGAAGAGUUGAAGGUGCCUCAUCAUUAUCAUUUGAACCAUUGGGUGGUGCAAGAGCUAUCGAUGCAUUCGAUCGUUAUUAUUGUGGACAACGACUCAAUGAUCCAUUUCCACCAAUGCGUCUUUUUUGA